GAGAGGAGGGAAGUCCAACUUCACCGUUCACGUACAAAACCGGCCAAACUACUUUAUUCAACGGUCGCGCCGCGGCGCGUGUUUUCGCUUGCUUCCCUCCCAAGAUUCCGACUGCCUUUGUUUUAUUGAUAUUGUUUUCAACCCAAAAAAGAAAACUUCGUUUAAUUUUAUUGAUAUUUUAUAAUAAUUUUAAAACGUAUUUUCAUAUAAGUCUCAAAGCACAUAUAUUACAGGAGCUAUGGUUCCCAAGCGUUGUAUACCUGUUCACUAUGUGACUAGGUGUGUUGAUGGAUUGUUUUGAAAACUAUUUAUUAGUGAAAUGAAUUAUUGUUAAAGAAAUAUUUAUAAAAAGAUGGGGGUGCAAAAACGACAUAGUCAAUUCAGUGAUACCAAAUAUAAGUGGCGGACGGUGUUUUUAGUGUUGUGUAUCGUAAACUGUGAUGGUCAGGAGAUAAGAAAAGAUGAGAUGGAUCCAUAUAUGUUGAAUAAAUCAUCAGGUCUCACGGAAUUAUCAGGUGGGGUUGUAACUAGUGGAAGAAUCGUUUGGAGGGCGGAUAGUAGCCCGUAUUUACUCAGAGAUGACUUACUCAUAGAGAGAGAGGGCGAGCUGGUUAUAGAACCCAGCGUAGAAGUGAAAUUCGCUCCCAUGAUCGGAAUCACGGUUCGUGGAAAACUGACGGCUGUUGGUGAACACGGUAGAGGUAUAACGUUCACGAGCACGGAGGAACCACAGAACAAAGACAACAGUUUGCCGGCCAUUCGUCUCGUGGACGGACCCUCUAUACUAGCCGGAAGACUUCAACUGUUACAUAGGGGACAAUGGCGAUCAGUAUGCACCAACUCCAGGAAUUGGACCAUCAACGACAUGGAAACGGCUUGCAGACAAUUAGGGUUCAUGGGCGGAACGUUUUACAAUUGGAUGGAUCGCCAGCCAGGACGACGAGCGAGGCUCUUACUGGAGGAACCCAAGUGUAAAGGCACCGAAUACGAUCUGUUUCAAUGUGAUUGGAACUCACGACAGCUGGGCUCAGGAGUGUGCGACUAUCAUCCCGACCUCGGAAUACAAUGUCAGCCGCAUCAUGACGAUAACGAACUGAAGAAUUCCGGUGUCCAUUGGAGAGGACUGAGAUUCGAAAACGCCGUCUACGAAAGAAUACUAACAGCUGAGAAUACGCUUUACGUGCCCACAUCCAUGUCCAGGCUGGUUCAUAUAACAAUCAGGAACGCGGGCCUCGGGAGAGACAACAACGCCACGAGUGCUUUGGACAUUAUAGGUGUCCCGCCCGUGAUGGAGGAUAUCGCCGUUGCCAACUCCGCCUUCAACGCUAUAAACGUGACGUCACCGAACGCUCCAAUCCAUAUACACAACUGCACGAUACAACACAAUAGAGGUUACGGUGUUUAUGUUAAUUCAACUUAUGGCAUGACAAAGAUAGAGAACUGCCACAUCAGCGACAAUGGCGGCGACGGGAUCAAAUACGUCGUGCAUGAACUGAAUAUUGAUGAGAGAUUCGACCGCAGCGAGGUGUUCGAUUUGUGUACGCUCGCCUCCACGCCGAGCCAAACGUUCCCGAUACAGAUGUCCAUAGAGCAGUCCAGAUACUCCAAUAUGGAACGGGACUGCAAUCAAAAGUUCUACACGAGACCUGACCACGUCCUUACUCUCAGCUUUUUAAAAAUGUUAACGAACCGUAAUGAGACUGGAGAGAUUUUCGUUUACGAUGGCUUAACUGCUAGCGAUAAACUAUUACUAAGGUUCAGUAUCAGAAAUCACACACGACCACAAAGCGUUACGUCAACAAGGAACCGAAUGUACGUCAGAUUCCGCGCCGAUACUAGAACAGAUAUCGUUGGAUUCCUGAGAUUAACAUCAGGGAACAGUAAAACCUACGACUUGAACGUGUCCGACACCCUUAUAUCUGAUAACAAUGGUAGGGGAGUAGUUAUUGAAAAUUUGAGGUCCCAGAUUCACAUCCAUCGGACUUCAAUAUCGAAUAAUAAUCACGUGGCUGGUCUUCAAGUAACGAGCGGUGCUGGCGAUGUAAAUGUCACUGAAAGCCGAAUAUCCUUCAAUCAAGGCGACGGCGUGAACAUCACAGUUACUGGCGGUAACCGGAAUAUAUCCAGAAGCAUAAUAAGCUCUAACCAGGGCUACGGCGUCGCUGUGUGGCUCAACAACACGCAAGAAACUAAAUAUGUUUAUGUGAACCAAACAACAGUGAUCGAAUACUCGGAGAUAUUUAAAAAUCUGGAUGUCGGCAUUUUGCAUGGGAAUUUUUGUGGUGACAGCUGGCUAAAUAUAACCGGAAACUGGUUUAACUCGAGCAUUGAAAGCACUAUAGACGUAGGAACUUGUUGGAAGCUCAAUAACCCCGUUAAAUUGCUCAAUUUACAAAUAGGUCACAAUAGAUUUUACCAAAAUCGAAGAGUCCCAAUAAAAAUUCAGCCCGCCCUGAAUGUUCUCGGAAAUAUUGAAUACAACUUCUUCGAACACGGAGAUUAUGGAGCGAUUGCAAUACUUAAUAGAAUAGAAGGGAAAUAUUUAGAGGAGUUUGAAAUAUUACCCGCAAGAUUUUCAAUACAACAUAACCACUUCUACGGCAAUAGCGGACCUUUUGUAGUCAACCUGGGACUGUCCUCUUACAGUGAUCUCCAUUAUAUUUUGUUUUCAAGAAACUAUUUGCGAGAAAAUAAGAUAAGAGAACCAUUCGAUCUACCUGACGGUCUGUCUUCAAAGCUCACGCCACGGAGCAGAGUUGCCGCUGCAAUAGUUCUAACGUCUAGUAAUGUAGAUGUAUUCAGAAAUAUAAUAAACAAUCCGGAGGCACAAUACGAAAUAGGAUCACACGUCGAAGAUCAAAGUAAAAUACUUAAUUGUACGUAUAACUGGCUCGGGUUUGGAGAUGAAGAAAAAGUCAACAAUAGACUGUUCCACAGAAAAGAUAGAUAUAAUUUAGCUAAAAUUAUUUAUAUGCCCUACCUUUUGCACAGCAGUAAUCCUGGUGCUACGCAAGUUAAUUACAAUUCUCUGUAUGUCCCCCAAUUCAAUGUACCCGGUUCGUCUGUAGUUGGAGGAGAGGUAGAAGGCAUUGAGAUAUUAAGGCAAGGCGAAUACGAUGUGGACAAAGACAUAAACAUCCGGCCGGGCGGUAAACUGAUAUUACAAUCAGGAGUUAUUUUAAAAUUUCCCCCCUCUAUAGGCAUUAUGGUCGCUGGUAAGUUAGACGCAAGAGGCAAACGACCAAACGAUAUAACCUUCACCUUGAAAGAAGAAGUCGCUAUGUCGAACGAUAGUAUUUACGAGACUGAUACAGAUGUAGAAAUAACUACGCCAGGUUAUCAAGAGCCAAUAGUACCUAUUAGACUACUUGGUGGCAGAACGCCUUAUGAAGGAAGAUUGCAAGUUAGAAUAGACAGUAAAUGGGGCACGAUUUGUAACUACAAAUGGAAUAUUGUGAACGCUGCAUUAGUGUGUAAUCAGCUUGGUCUCGCUUUAAACCCUGACGAUUGGUAUUUAGAACCAAACGAAAUACCAAACGCGGGCACAGCUGAGGAUAUUAUAUUAUCGAAUGUAGAAUGUACAGAAUUUGACAAUGAUAUAACGAAGUGUAAGGCUGAGACUAUUGAAAGUUUCGAAAAUUCUUGCACGCAUGAUAACGAUGUCGGUAUAAGAUGUUAUGAAUCGAGUUGGGCUGGGGUCAGAUUUAGUGUUAUUGCCGAAAGAGCGGAUUUACAAUACGUCACAAUAGAAAAGGCGGGUCUUCUUGAUUAUUCGUCUAAUUUAUUUAAACCCGCUUUACAAAUCGAUUUUGCUCGACACAGCCUCGAGAGCGUCAAAGUUAAUAAUAACUAUCACGAUGGCUUAGGUAUUUUGUACUCCGAUCUAUACGGUGCUGAUGCGAUAAACACCGUUCGUAAUUCUGAAUUCAGCAAUAAUAGAGGCAGUGGAAUUAGUUUCAAGCAAUUGGGUUUAAAAGUUUACAGUUCAGUUAUAGAAAAUAACAAUUUGGCUGGAAUCUCCCAUAAUCCUCACAUAACAGGACCACAACAGAGAGAAAUAGCUGGGUGGUUUCAUUUAGAUCCUGGCUUUAAUAUGGAUGAAUCAAACUAUCAUCCUAUUAUGGUGCCUCAGUACGAAACUGACAUUUCUUUGGUCAAUGGAGAAACUAGACACAUUGUUUUUACCAAACAAUUAUCAGAAAAUAUUGUAAAAACCUAUAACAUUAAAUGUAAUCCGGGGUACGUCCUUGGCCUGCAGCUUUUAAAUCCCAUACACAACUUCUCAACUGAGAGCAUCUGUAUAUACGACUCGCAAAACAUUAACGAAGCCAGUACUCGAUGGUGCCUCGAUCGUGAUUUGUCGUCAUUCCCAACAACAAGUAAUACAUUUGGAGUUGUGUUAAAAUAUGAGAGCGGUACGAGUGCUGUAGGAGGCGUUGUUCUUGUUGUAAGUACUAUUAUGGCGCCCGUGCAAAAUAUAAGAAACAAAAUAAUCAAAGGGCCAGUACCAACCCUUCAAAUUUACAACUCUAAAAUUAAGGGAAACACAAAGGGUGUUAAAGCUUCAUAUUAUAACAGAUAUUUGAACGAACUUGGUGACCAUUUCUUGAGGAAAGCUAAUGAAACUAUUAAAUUGAUUAAUUGUGAAAUCGCCCAUAACAAGGAGGAGGCUGUAUAUAUCAAUACACCUUUUUGGGACAUACAUGAGAGUAAUGUCACAGAAAUUACAAUUAUGGUUAAUAACAGUUUGAUAACGGAUAACGGUAAAGGAAUAUAUCAUUUCGCGAGAGAUCUUAGGAGCUCCAAUAAUAUAUAUCACUAUGUCAUGCAAGAUAAUACAAUAGAAAGAAAUAAAUAUAGAGGAUUUGACGUCUCCCUGCCUUAUGUAUGGCAAUACAAUGAGAACUUUACACACUCCAUCUAUAUGAACAACAACACUUGGCGUAAUAAUCAACAAUUCGGUUUUGCUAUUGAUGGACAUUUCGCUGAAGUUAAUAUCACGAAAAAUAUCUUCACUGAAAAUUAUUGCAAAGUUGGUCUAAUAUCGCUGAGCGGAAUGGAGAAAAAGAUGAGAAUUGAUGGUAACGUAAUAGAAAGAAACAAGGGCCAGUACAUGAUACAGUUUUAUAUGGACAGUCAAAGUGAGAUCAUGGGCUUCGUUUACGCAGUGUUUGUAUUUAAUCAAGUAAAAAACAAUAGGUUCGUUUCGCAAAUUAAUCGUGGUGUUCUCUUAAGGAACGCGGAUCCCACCUACGUCAUAGGAUUUAAAGGAGUUCAGAAAGUAAAAGUUAGCAGAAAUCUUUUCGGUAGCAAUGACUUACAAUAUACGUUGCUUGCGGGUAUAAAAACAGCGAAAAUUAAUAAUUUACUUGAUGUUACCGAGAAUUGGUGGGGCAGUGCUGAUGAAAAGGAAAUCAGAAAACAAAUAUUUGAUUUCGACGAUUGGAACAAUCACGCGGUAGCUACAUACUUGCCUUAUUUGCUCACAGAUAGCUUCGAUUCAAGUGGUUCGGUUACAUUCAGUGCUGAAAGGGAUAUUGAUCUAAAUGAUCUCGGGGGAAGAGUGACUUCAGAUCUUACGUUACCUGCUCGCGUACAACCGUACUUUAUAAAUGUAGAUAUAACAGUUAUGCCUGAAGUUACACUUACAAUAAGUCCAGGCGUGGUGUUAGAAUUCGCCCCUAAUGUUGGAAUUUUAGUAUUGGGAACACUUCGAGCCAUCGGCCAUAGUCAAUUACCGAUCCUUAUGAAGCCGAUGUCGUCCUCGUCUAAAAUAGAAACGAAUAGAAUUGAAAGAGACGUGAGCCAAUAUUAUACAAGCCACCAUAAAAAUAAGAGACAAUUGGAAAUGUCAACUACCACAGAAUCAAUUAGACUGUGCACCGGACGUAAUUGUUCCAUGAUUGAUGACAAUCAUAACACAAACAACGAGGGAUUCUUAGAAUAUUAUAACAGGACAACAUUACAGUGGGUUCCGAUGUGUGAUAACAGAUUCACGGAGAGAAACGCCCAAGUGGUUUGCCGAGAACUGGGCUUCGAUCCAAUAAACGUAUUCUUCGCUCACGACUAUCGAGUAGAGUAUCACAGUAAUUCCCUUUCACGAAUAUGGUCAUGGCCGGAACCGUUACAAUGUGUGGGGACGGAAGAUCGCUACGAAGAUUGUCCCAUUCGUCUCAACGGCCAAUUGUAUGGCCACAGACAUGAAUGCAAAUGGAACUCGCAAUUCGUUUUCAUUCAUUGCGGCUCCAGAAAUUUAAAUGAAAACCUAGAAUAUUGGGGUGGCAUAAGAUUUACCAAUCCAGAAUUCGAAUAUUCACUAUACGAACAUAGGAUACAUGAUCAUCACACUCACGAGACAUUGAAGAAGGUCGAAAGCGUUUUGCAACACGUUCAAAUCAUUGGAGCGGGGAUAUUACAUAACGAAAAAUCACCGGCACUACAGAGCAUUGUUAAAAAUCCAGUCAUUGAAAACGUUAAUAUAAGCAAAUGUGCGCAUCAUGGGAUUAAUGUAAUAUCGCCAACUGAUACAAUCAAUAUGAUGUUUAAUUCUAUCAGCGACACCUUAGGAGAAGGGAUCAGCGCUAUAUCAUUGAGUGGUGAAGGUCGAGACUCGGAGGAAUCUAGUUUCACGCCUUUGAAAGAUUUAAAUCUACCCUACCACCUGUUUUCUCUUAUAGAUAUAUGUGACAGUACGAAGGUGGUCACCGUCGAAGAGAGAGUGCUCUUGUACUAUAAAUAUGAUAAUAAUCCAGUAAAUUGUGUGAAGAUUUUCAAAAGCAUGUAUCGAGUAAAACCGUUUGGAUUCAGACUGCUCCAAUUUAACUUAUUUAACCACACCCUCAAUUACGGGAAACGAGAUUCCGUGACACUUUACGAUGGAGACAUAUACAACAUAACGGCUCCCCAAAUAGCAUAUCUGGAGAAUGGGUCACCAGAUGAAAAAAAACUGUUCAAGACGGAAGGUUCCAGCUUGAGUGUUAAGUUGUUUGCUAACGGCGCUUCGUCUGUCCAUGGAUUUAUUGCAGAAAUCGUAACUCUGCCUAUUUCGGCUAUUGGAUUAAGUCGCGACGUCCAACAUAACAUAUCGAACAGUGAAAUCAUUAACAAUCGUGAUGGGGCUAUUACUUACCAAUCUGUGGGAGAAGUCAAUCCUCUAGUGGCUAUAACCAGGAAUGACAUUACCCAAAAUUGUCUCAAGCUUUACGGAAACUUCACAACGUGUCAGGCCGCCGUGACGGUUGAUGUUCAGAAUACGCAGACUUUAGUAUUUAGGAAUAAUCUAAUUCGGAACAAUGUCGGCGGCCUCCUGGUGAGAGCUGAUUCCCGGGGUUCAGCGACCUCCCUGCGCGGGUGGAUACAUAAUAAUUUAUUUUUGGCUAACCACGACAGACCAGCGCUACAGGUUGAAGGUCGCCAGUCAUCCCCGUACCAGGAGGUGACGAUCUACCGCAACUACUUCACCCGCAACCGGGCCUUGUACCGAGACGUCAUCGUUCUUCAUCAGGUCGUCUCCAACUUCAGCCACAACUACGUCCACCACAACACCGGCCUCAGGAUUCUCGACGUGUCCGGCUUCCACAAAGUCCGCCUGCCCAUAUACCAGACCACGUCACACAACGGAUUCUACAAGAACUACGCGCUGGACCGCGAGGGCCGCGCCACCGUGGCGGCGGGGACCGCUGGCCAGCACUACGUCGACAACGUGUUCUUCAACCCCGACAACGACUACGAGAUGAUCACCGUCAACAGAUCCAUCUUUGUUGACUAUAACCCGAAUAUCAUAAGUUCUCUGGAUGUAUGGCGUACUCGAGUGGACGCUAAGCACAACUAUUGGAGUUACAACGAGAGUCUGGCGGUGGCGGGGCGGGUGAGGGACCGCGCUGACGACCCCAGGCUGCUGGAGGUGGACUACAGACCUUACUACAUGAACAACGCGUCCGUCCUGGGCGGAGGGAAGUGUCCUCCGGGUUGGGUCUCGUUGUCCGGGACCUGUUACAUGUACAUCGGCGCGCCCAUGACAUACCACGAGGCGCGGGCCUUCUGUCUGUCCGACAACGCGUCCAUGCCGUACGUGAACGGUAACUACGACGACCUGUACGAGUUCAUCCACAGUCAGAACCAGUGGGUGCGGUACGGCGACCGAGUGUGGGUCAACCACAUCGACUACGUCACGCAGUGCACCUCCUUCGCCUACUCGGACAUUGAGAUCACUGACUGUGGCCAAAAGAAUGCGUUCAUAUGCGAAAUUGACCCUAAAAUCUCAAUCGAUCCUCUGUCAUGGCGCGGGGACGCCCUGGUAGUGUCUUUCGUGUGUGUGUUGGGAGCGGCGGUACUGCUCGUGGCACUCGCCCUCGUAGCUUGGUACUACAAAUCCAAACAUCGACACGUUCAGCGACUCGAGAGACGGAACUCGAUCCGACAGUCCCUGCACUCAGUGCGGUCUAUCGGCAGCAUUAACGGAGGCUUCCCUGACACGACCUACAGGAGGAAAAUGGUCCAAAUGAGCGCUCGCUCCACGGACACACUGACGAAAGGCUCGGAUUACAAGAAGAUGCUCGCCUCGACCACGUCCAUGGAGUCCAUGGAGAAGAGUCAGUUCAACUCGUCGCUGGAGGACACGCAGAGCUUCGACAUAUACGAAGCGCACAACCCCAACAACGUCAUACAGCUGAAACACAGCACCUUCAACAGGAAGCCCGCUUCACCCGAGUACAGUGUGCCGCAGAACAGGCCCUACAGCCUGGCCUACAAGAACGAAGGGUACAAGGAGAACUCCGCCAGCGGAGCGCCAUCCAUGAACACCGUGGCCACUGAGGAGCUGCCGAUAAUACACCACCCGGGAGGACUCACUUCACCCGAGGAUGACACUCUGUCGCCCACCAGCCCCUCGCAGUACUUCAACUCGGAUACAUUACCCUUGACGGGUGACAAGUCCGACGACCCUAUAUUCAUGAAGAGGGAACUUGAAAGGGAAGGGAAGAUCUACGGUCCGUAUGGGGCUCGGGACCAUGGAGGUCAACCGAAAUUAUCAUUUUUGAUGGAAUUGAGAUCCAAGCUGCCAGAACAACCUCAAGCUGGAGCUGUACCCGCUACGACCUUUGGACAUAGACGAGAUGAGCCUCAAUAUUAUGAUGAUAGACUGCCCAGCCCGCAACCACCCGGCUAUCAAACAGAUUAUCCAACUAACUAUGACUAUGAACCGAGUUAUCCAGAAAGCUAUCAAGCCAGUGCCACUUCAUCACCAGACCUUCACCCAUCAGAUCUAUACACCAGAUCGAGAUCGGAAGCACUUUUAGAAACCAACUUCGAUUUCGAAGACUCACAAAAUUCUCAACUCUCCGAAGCGAAUAGAGCACACAGCCAGCCUUUAGAAACUGCCAUGUAAUAAUGUAGGAAAUACACACAGGGUAAUCAACUAUUAGUAAAAACCAUAAUGGCAACUAUUAUUUCAACCGUAAAUGAUAAAAAUAACAUUAGACAAAGACUAUUUUAAUCAUGGACAAAAUUUUAAAAUACUUUUUUAAUGACUUAUUUCAAAGGCGCGAAUUUGAAUUGAAUUUUUUUAAUUGAGUCAAUUAUGAAGAUUGAUAGAUUUAAAAAUGUUUUUUCUUGGGGCCUUAUGAAUAUAUAUUUAAAAAAUAUAUUUACACCAUAAUUCCAUUAGAAUAAGUUUGAUUAAAGACUGACAAUGUCUUACUAAGUACUGUAAUAUUUAAAGUGCAUUUUAAAAUAUAUAUUUUUUAUAUGUACUGAAUUCAGAACGUAAAUAUUAAAUAUUAUUGAUAUACUUUUAAUUAAUUUGUAAUGUAGACAUAACGAUCUCAACACUUGAUAUAGAAACAUCGGUGACAUAUUUUAUCGUGAAGUUUGUUGAAACAUUGUUACCAUUAAAAAAAUACAUUGUUUAUGUAGGUACCGCCGUACUCCCUUCACUAAAAAUAUUAAUAUAACUAGACAUAGAUUUUAGUUUAUUUAGUUGAAUUAUUAAAAUAUUAAAUUGACAUUUUUACUAGUAUUUAGUUAAAAUAUUAUAAAUGUAUGUUAAUGUCCGUCCUUUAAAGAUAUAUAUGUAAAGAUUUAUGUAAUUUUAAGAUUAAAUGUUUAAUUUUUUUCUACAAAAUAAAUAUAACUCUUUAUAACUUUUAUACAAUUUCUACACUAUGUCAACAAUCAGUUGUACUCUAAACAUGAUCGUCUUUCUAUAUUAAACUUUCCACUAUAGUUAACUACGCUUUAAUAUCUUAACACAAAUCGUACAAAUUUGUAAAUACAGUAAAGAUUAAAAGGAAUAUUAUUUUCUUA